AUGUCAUCCAUACAGCAAAGGCCACCCCUCCACCGUUCUGACCCUACCAAUGCACUCCCUCCCGCCUUGAGUCACGAGAAUCCCGACGCGAUCGACAUCGACGGCGAACAGUUAGUCGACCAACUGAACGAGCUGGUCGGCUUGAUGAACUUUCUGGGCGAGAACCCCGCAACACAUAUUCAAGGGCAGGCCGUCGAUGUCGCCGAGGCCGUCGCCGACGCUGAUCCGGUUCCAACCUACACCCCUUUGCCCGUCGAGGGAGAGAAGACGAUCGAUGUUUCAGCUUCGGACCAGCAUCAAGAUGAUCAGCAUCCCGCCGACCAGCCGCCGCGGUAUCGAAAGCCACGAAACAGACUGCAGAAGCGGCCACCGAAAUACGCCCAUUGA